AUGAGCAUUGAUCCGGAUAUGCAGUGCUUUGGCCCCGCAGCCGUAUACCUGCGGAAGCCAGAGCGCGAGAGGAUGGAGGCACAGAACAAACCGUUCGAUGCCAAGACAGCUUACUUUGUGGCUGAGCCGGCUGAGAUGUACCUCAAAGGGGUACUGAAGAGCCGAGAGGGGGGCAAAGCCACGGUGGAGACUCUGUGUGGGAAAACUAUCACAGUGAAAGAUGACCAGAUUUUUCCCAUGAAUCCUCCGAAGUUUGAUAAGAUCGAGGACAUGGCCAUGAUGACUCACCUCAAUGAGCCCACUGUGCUGUACAACCUCAAAGAGCGUUAUGCAGCAUGGAUGAUCUAUACCUACUCUGGGCUGUUCUGUGUGACAGUGAACCCCUACAAGUGGCUUCCUGUGUACGAUGCUAUGGUGGUGGUGGCAUACAGGGGAAAGAAGAGAGUCGAGGCCCCGCCCCACAUCUUUUCCAUCUCUGACAAUGCCUAUCAGUUCAUGCUCACAGAUCGUGAGAACCAGUCUAUCCUGAUUACUGGAGAAUCUGGUGCAGGGAAGACUGUUAACACCAAACGUGUCAUCCAGUACUUUGCGACAAUCGCAGUGUCUGGAUCGAAGAAGGUGGAGCCUGCAGCUGGCAAAAUGCAGGGGUCGCUGGAGGAUCAAAUCAUCGCAGCCAACCCUCUGCUGGAGGCUUAUGGGAAUGCCAAGACUGUGAGAAAUGACAACUCUUCCCGUUUCGGCAAAUUCAUUAGAAUCCAUUUUGCGUCCACUGGAAAGCUGGCCUCAGCUGAUAUUGAAACUUAUCUGCUGGAGAAGUCUAGGGUGACGUUCCAACUGUCUGCUGAGAGGAGCUACCACAUCUUCUACCAGCUCACGACUGGACACAAGCCAGAGCUGCUAGAGGCUCUCCUGAUCACCACCAACCCUUAUGACUACCCCAUGAUUAGUCAGGGUGAGAUCACAGUCAAGAGCAUCAACGAUGUUGAGGAGUUCAUAGCUACUGAUACGGCUAUUGACAUCCUGGGUUUCACUGCUGAGGAGAAAAUAAGCAUCUACAAGCUGACAGGAGCAGUGAUGCAUCAUGGGAACAUGAAGUUCAAACAGAAGCAGAGGGAGGAGCAGGCAGAACCAGACGGCACUGAGGUGGCUGAUAAAAUCGCUUACCUCAUGGGCCUAAACUCAGCAGACAUGCUGAAAGCUCUUUGCUACCCCAGAGUCAAAGUGGGAAAUGAGUAUGUAACCAAGGGACAGACCGUACCACAGGUGAACAAUGCAGUUAUGGCUUUGUGUAAAUCGGUCUAUGAGAAAAUGUUCUUGUGGAUGGUCGUCCGCAUCAACGAGAUGCUGGACACAAAGCAGCCCAGGCAGUUCUUCAUUGGCGUGCUGGACAUCGCUGGGUUUGAGAUUUUUGAUUUCAACAGCUUGGAACAGCUGUGUAUCAACUUCACCAAUGAGAAACUGCAACAGUUUUUCAACCAUCACAUGUUUGUCCUGGAACAAGAGGAAUAUAAGAAAGAGGGAAUUGAGUGGGAGUUCAUUGACUUUGGAAUGGAUCUCGCAGCAUGCAUUGAGCUUAUUGAGAAGCCAAUGGGCAUCUUCUCCAUCCUUGAAGAGGAGUGCAUGUUCCCGAAAGCAACAGACACGACCUUCAAGAACAAACUUCAUGAUCAACACCUUGGCAAAAGUGCAUGCUUCCAGAAGCCCAAGGUUGUCAAAGGCAAACCUGAGGCCCACUUCUCCCUGGUGCACUACGCUGGCACUGUUGACUACAACAUAGUUGGCUGGCUGGAGAAGAACAAGGACCCCCUGAAUGACUCUGUUGUUCAGCUGUAUCAGAAGUCUUCACUCAAGCUGUUGGCUUUCUUGUAUGCAUCUCAUGCAGCUGCUGAAGGUGAAGGUGGAGGCAAAAAAGCAGGAAAGAAGAAGGGUGGCUCUUUUCAGACGGUGUCUGCUCUGUUCAGGGAGAACCUGGGCAAACUAAUGACCAACUUGAGGAGCACUCAUCCACAUUUUGUCCGUUGUCUUAUUCCUAAUGAGUCAAAGACUCCAGGUCUGAUGGAGAACUUCCUGGUCAUCCACCAGCUGAGGUGUAACGGUGUACUGGAAGGCAUCAGAAUCUGCAGAAAGGGUUUCCCCAGCAGAAUCCUCUAUGGUGACUUCAAGCAAAGAUACAAAGUACUGAAUGCUAGUGUCAUCCCAGAGGGUCAAUUCAUCGACAACAAGAAAGCUUCAGAGAAGCUUUUAGGCUCCAUUGAUGUUGAUCACACCCAGUACAAGUUUGGACAUACUAAGGUGUUUUUCAAAGCUGGACUCUUGGGUCUUCUUGAGGAGAUGCGAGAUGAAAAGCUUGCUAUGCUUGUGACAAUGACACAGGCCCUGUGCCGUGGAUACCUCAUGAGAAAAGAGUUUGUAAAGAUGAUGGAGAGAAGAGAAGCUAUCUACUCCAUCCAAUACAACAUUCGCUCAUUCAUGAAUGUCAAAACGUGGCCAUGGAUGAAGCUGUAUUUCAAAAUCAAACCUCUGCUGAAGAGUGCAGAGACUGAGAAGGAAAUGGCCGCCAUGAAGGAGAACUUUGAAAAAAUGAAGGAAGACCUGACAAAAGCACUGGCUAAGAAGAAAGAGUUAGAGGAGAAGAUGGUCAGUUUGCUGCAAGAGAAGAACGACCUCCAGUUACAAGUAGCUGCGGAAGUUGAAAGUCUUGCUGAUGCUGAGGAGAGAUGUGAAGGACUGAUCAAGAGCAAGAUCCAGCUCGAGGCCAAAUUCAAAGAGACGAGCGAGAGGCUGGAGGAUGAGGAAGAGAUCAAUGCUGAGCUUACGGCCAAGAAGAGGAAACUCGAAGAUGAGUGCUCCGAACUCAAGAAAGACAUUGACGACUUGGAGCUCACUUUGGCCAAAGUGGAGAAAGAGAAACAUGCCACUGAAAAUAAGGUUAAAAACCUUACUGAAGAGAUGGCCUCUCUAGAUGAGACUAUUGUUAAGCUCACCAAGGAAAAGAAAGCCCUCCAAGAGGCACAUCAGCAGACCCUUGAUGAUCUCCAAUCAGAGGAAGACAAAGUCAACACUCUGACAAAGGCCAAGGCCAAGCUGGAGCAGCAAGUGGAUGAUCUGGAAGGUUCGUUAGAGCAAGAAAAGAAGCUUCGUAUGGACCUUGAGAGAGCCAAGAGAAAGCUUGAGGGUGAUCUGAAACUGGCUCAGGAAUCCAUAAUGGAUCUAGAAAAUGAUAAGCAACAGUCAGAUGAAAAGCUCAAGAAGAAGGACUUUGAAGCAAGCCAACUUCUGAGCAAGAUUGAGGAUGAGCAGAAUCUGGGUAUUCAGCUUCAGAAGAAAAUUAAGGAGCUCCAGGCUCGAAUUGAGGAGCUAGAGGAGGAGAUUGAAGCUGAGCGUGCUGCUCGUGCCAAGGUGGAGAAACAGAGAUCUGAUCUGUCCAGGGAACUUGAGGAGAUCAGUGAAAGGCUUGAGGAGGCUGGAGGAGCAACCGCUGCCCAAAUUGAGAUGAGCAAGAAACGGGAAACAGAGUUCCAAAAACUGCGCCGCGACCUCGAGGAAUCCACUCUGCAGCAUGAAGCCACGGCUGCGGCACUGCGUAAGAAGCAGGCUGACAGUGUGGCAGAGCUGGGAGAGCAAAUCGACAACCUCCAGAGAGUCAAACAGAAACUUGAGAAGGAGAAGAGCGAACUCAAAAUGGAGAUUGAUGACCUAUCCAGCAACAUGGAAGCUGUAGCUAAAUCCAAGGCUAAUCUUGAGAAGAUGUGUCGUACUCUGGAAGAUCAGCUGAGUGAACUCAAAACAAAGAAUGAUGAGCAUGUUCGGCAGCUUAACGACAUCAGUACCCAGAAAGCUCGACUUCAGACUGAAAAUGGGGAAUUUGGGCGUCAGCUAGAAGAGAAAGAGGCUCUGGUGUCCCAGCUGACCAGAAGCAAGCAAGCUUAUACACAGCAGAUAGAGGAACUGAAGAGACAUGUUGAGGAGGAGGUCAAGGCCAAAAAUGCCCUGGCCCAUGCAGUGCAGUCAAGCCGCCACGACUGCGAACUCCUCAGAGAACAAUUUGAGGAGGAGCAGGAGGCUAAGGCUGAGCUCCAGCGCGCACUAUCCAAGGCCAACAGUGAGGUGGCACAGUGGAGAACCAAAUAUGAAACUGAUGCCAUCCAGCGCACUGAGGAACUUGAGGAGGCCAAGAAAAAACUGGCCCAGCGUCUGCAGGAUGCUGAGGAAUCCAUUGAAGCUGUGAACGCCAAGUGUGCCUCUCUGGAGAAGACCAAGCAGAGACUGCAGGGUGAAGUUGAAGACCUUAUGAUUGAUGUGGAGAGAGCCAAUGCACUGGCUGCCAACCUGGACAAGAAGCAAAGGAACUUUGACAAGAUUCUGGCAGAAUGGAAGCAGAAAUAUGAGGAGAGCCAGGCAGAGUUAGAGGGCGCUCAGAAGGAGGCUCGUUCUCUCAGCACUGAGCUCUUCAAGAUGAAGAACUCCUAUGAAGAAGCUUUGGAUCAUCUGGAGACCCUGAAGCGGGAGAACAAGAACCUGCAACAGGAGAUUUCCGAUUUGACUGAGCAGCUUGGUGAGACUGGAAAGACCAUCCAUGAACUGGAAAAAGGAAAGAAGACAGUAGAGACUGAAAAAUCAGAAAUUCAGACUGCGCUCGAAGAAGCUGAGGCCACUUUGGAGCAUGAGGAGUCUAAGAUUCUUCGUGUCCAGCUUGAACUCACUCAAGUGAAAAGUGAGAUCGACAGAAAGAAGCAAGGAAUGCUGAAGAGAAGGCCAAGAAGGCAAUCACUGAUGUGA